AUGAAGCUAUCCUUAUCGCAGAAGCUGGAGGAGGAUUACAAGCUGGAGGCCACUUCUUGUCUGAAGAAAAGGAUAAGCGACUUGGAGUCUCAACUCGCGCGUGCUGAUGCUCACAUUGUCAUCGAUCAGGUUCACGAGCUGGAAGAGAUGGACAAGAGUUUCGCUAUGAACCGUGAAAGAUUGAAAAGCCAGAAGAAGAGGGUCGGAGAGAACGGAUAA